AUGACGGGAAACAUUGGUUUCAUCGGCCUGGGCGCCAUGGGUUACCAUAUGGCAGGACAUCUGAGGCGGAAAAUGCCGUCCGAGGACACCCUCUACGUGACCGAUGUCAACAAAGCAGCCACCCGCCGGUUCUUGGAGGAGAUGGGCACGAAACAUGGCCCCGUCAAGGUCGUCAAAACUGCCAAAGAGGCUGCGACCGACGCAAAAGUGGUUAUCUCGAUUGUGCCGCGCGCGGAGAAUGUCAAACAGGUCUACCUUGGUCCCAAUGGGGUCAUUGAGGCACCUCCAGAUCCGGACCGCUUACUUCUCGAGUGCAGCACAAUCGACACGAAGACGACGAGGGAAGUAGAGGCGAAGCUGCGUGAAGCAAGCAUCGGACGGUACUUCGAUGCCCCUGUUUCGGGCGGAGUGAUAGGGGCAGAAAGGGGCACUCUCUCAUUUCUAAUUGGUAACACACCCAGUGAAUCCGAUCCCAUAAACCAGCGUAUCCUUGGCAUCGUCUCGAAGAUGGGACUCAAAGAGCGCAUCACCUUCUGUGGGCCCAUAGGGACUGGAACGGCCGCCAAAAUCGCAAACAAUUCCAUCGCUUCGGCCACCAUCCUCGCCGUUAGCGAAGCUAUGGCCGCGGGCAUCCGGGCGGGCAUCGACAAGAAAAUCCUCUACGAAUGUAUCAGGACCUCCACCGGCCAGUCAUGGGUAUUGGAGAAUAAUCAGCCGUGCCCGGGCCUGGUGCCGCACACACCGAGCAGCAAUGGCUACAAGGUCUCCUUUCUACCUUCUAUGCUGGUGAAGGAUACGACUCUGGCUGUUGAAGCUGCUCUUCAGGUAGGGAUCAGGCCGACAAUGGUGCAAGCCGCUCUGGAAACGUACAAAAAGACGGCUGAGGAUCCCAGGUGCAAGGUCAGUGGUACCUACCCGUUGAGUCCUUGGGAGUUUGUGGGAUGA